AUGAGUGGUAGUCCCAACCGUUCAAGAUCGAAUUCGCCGAAUCCUGAACAUGUCUAUAGAAGGUCAACCGCUAAAAGGUCUCCAUCUAUUUUAGUGACUGAUGCCAGAAAUGACUCCAUAAGAGGUGUUCGGGCACCAUUUGCAGGCCACAACUACAAAAAGCAACAGCAGUUAUUGCAGAACUCAAAUGUAAACAAUUUAAACUUGCUUCAACAACAACAGCAGCUGCACCAUCAGCAGCAACAACAUCUAUUACAGCAACAACAACAGCAGCAAUUGGUACAACAACAGCAACAACAACAGCAACAGCAGUAUUUACUACAGAAGAGACUAUCUUCUCGUUCCAAUAAAUACACUGAUAUUUCGGUUGACAAGCUACUUAGUAAUUCUAGUGAUAUACCUUCUGGUCAAAGUAGAUUACCACCAUUAUUAUCUCGUCAAUCAAAGGGGCGGUUACUGUCAUCCUCUUCCAGAUCAUCAUUAAAUGCUUCGUCAUCAAGAAGUGAAGCUUCUCAUACGAACUCACUUCGUAAAAACAUCAGAAGUAUACCGAAGCUAUCUCAAUCCCUUCCAAGCAGAACUUCGAAGACUUCGCAAAAAUUAGUGUUGAUUCCAGAGCAACAACAGCAAAUUCAUUCAUAUAGACACGGAUCGACUUCUCCACCACCAAUGUCCAUACACCAACAACUGCAGCAACAGUACCCAAAUUCAUCGGCGAUUUCUACUCACCUUCAAGCGCAAAUCCAAAGGUCAAGAGCUGAGCUCAUGCCCAAAGAAGCGAGAGAACAUGAGUUCAAUAGAAUGACUGCAUAUUUCAUGUGUGACCAAUUCAAUCUCUCUGGGGUUUCCAACUUUGUCAAAGAAAAUCAUGAAGUCAAACCUCGUUUAUAUGACGAAGUAUUAUACGUCCCUUAUUCCUUGCCCUUAUUACCUGGUAACGACGGCUAUAGGAUCAAAUCUAACAACUCUGCGAAGUUGUUACCAAGAAAAAAGUUUAUUGAGAACAUGAUUACUAAAUCUGAACAGACUGACCAUUUAUAUGAGUAUUACUCUGGAGUGGAAACUCUUGAAGAUGCCAAUAACUAUUCUAUGGAUCCAGAGAAUGAAAACUUUGACAACAAUUCGCCAUUUGAUCCUUCCGAGCCUCAAUUUUUUGCUCCACCUCAACUUGAAAGAGGAAUGAGCGAGGAAAGUGUUUCAAGCAGUGGAACCAUUAAGAUUGGAGACCUGAAUUCGACAAAAGAUAAUGAACCAGCAGGAGGAAAGGACAGUAAUGGUACCGAUUCCAUAAAAAAUGGAGAAGACCAAAACAAAUAUAACAGCAUUAAUAAAGGUAAUAUGGAUAGCAAAAAUACCAAUAGGCAAAACAGUAAUGAAUCAGUGCAUUCUUCUCCAGAUGGGCAGGAUUCUACACAUUCUCAAGAAAGUGAGGCAGAGUCCCUAAGACGGACAAAGCCUGAAAAGGUUCCUCCUUCUACAGAGCUUUCAAAACAUCACGCUGAAAUGUUUGUGUUCGCCUAUGGAGUCGUUGUAUUCUGGAAUUUUUCCGAAAUCCAUGAAAAGAAUAUUUUAGCAGAUUUAGCAUUUGCUUCUGACGAGCCUAACCCAUUACUUGUAAAUCCAAUCCAUGAACAGGACAUUGAAACUGAAGAAUUUCACUUUGAAUAUGACAAUCAAAUCCACAGACCAAGAAUAUAUAAUGACAUGAUUACAUUAAGGUCUGGGGACCAUCUUAUUAAGUUAACUAUGUCGCAUGCUAUUGCUCAGCUGACCAAGUUGUGCCUUUUUGAAAGUAGAAUGGUCAACAUUCUUCUGCUGAUAUCUAAGCUACCAAAGAAAUUAGCACUAACAGGUCAACUUGGUUUGAAGAGGCAGCAAUUAUUGAAGAAAUCAGGUAAGCUAUUCAAAUUGAGAGUCGAUGUAAAUUUGUCCAGUUCUAUAUUAGAUACACCUGAUUUCUUUUGGUCGCUAGAACCAGCCUUACAUCCUUUGUACACUGCUGUUAGAGAAUACUUGGAAAUAGAUCAAAGAGUCCAAGUAUUAAAUGACAGAUGCAAGGUCUUUUUAGAGUUUCUGGAUAUUGUCACUGAUAGUAUGAAUGAGAAGAACACCAAUAGAAUUACUUGGAUGAUCAUUUUCAUUAUCUUCAUAAGUUUGACUGUUAGUGUGUUCGAAUUUAUAUUAGAUGUGUUCUAG